UUUCUUCCUCCUCUCCCCAGCAGCUGCAAUUCCCCACACCCUUCUCUUUAUCUGUCUACAAUCUCUCUCCUCCCAAGGAUCCAAGAAGUACCAUUGCAGCGGCUUCUCUCUUCAUCAAUCCCCAAUCCCAACAAAGCUUCUCAGCUCAGCUCAGGGAAUUCCCCUGCUUCUGCUCUUGUGUUCUUGCAAGCUCUCUGCUCUGCUUCUUCAUCUCUUCUGCCCACAGGAGUCCAGCAGUUGCAAAGACAUAAUCUUGCUCCUGUGUUUUUGGGUUGAUGGUUGUGGAAUUAAUCCAAGAAUAUCUGGAGCUGUUCAUCUCUCCUUCCGAACAAGACGAGGGCAAAGUGAUCGUUUGAGAAUUGGUGGUAGCUGUUGCUGUUGUUGAGGCGUUGCAAUGUCGUCUUCCUGCAUACCAACCGGCCUGCGGCUGGACCUGGACAUGGUGAAGGCGGCGGCGUCGCCGGGUGCGCACUCGUCGCCGCUGCGGCCGGUGCACUCGUCGCCGUCGUCGACGCUGUCGGAGGCGUCGAACGCGUCGUCGUCGGCGACGUCCGUGUCGCUGAAGCGGGCGCGCGCGCCGCGGAAGCGGCCGAACCAGGCGUACAAUGAGGCCGCCGCGCUGCUCGCGUCCAUCCACCCCUCCGUCUUCCCCGUCAAGAAGAGCCCCAAGACGGCGACGCGCCCGCCGGUGCGGCAGCUCUCCGGCCUCGCCGCAGCGUUCGACGCCUCCUCCGACCUCCUCCCGCCGCUCCCCGUCCUCGCGGACCCGCAUUCCUGCUCCGGGAAUGUGCAUCGCGCGCCGCCGCCGCUGCCGCAGAGCCCGUCACGCGCCAAGAACUGCUCGUCGCCGGCCCCGGUGAGCAGCGUGUUCCGGGACUUCCGCGACCCGGCACCGUCACCGGCGAGCCCCGACACCGUCGACGCCGACGAGCUUGGCGAGAUCGACUUCGACGACGACGGCUUCGACGCCGAGUCCAUUCUCGACGUCGACGAGGCCACCGCCGGCGCGGCCGAGGGCCUCGACGGUAUCAUGGGCAGCCUUACCGUCGAGAGCAACACGGCCACCACGUCGGAUGACUCCAUCCUGUCAAGCUCCGGCAUACACCCCUACCUCAGGAGCCUCAUGGUGGUCGGCCUCGCCGGCAGGUUCGAGCUCGGCCUCGGGUUCCGGCACGGCGCUCGGCCCAACCUCAACCGCGCCCUGAAGCGGCGGGACGACGACGGCGCCUGGUGGAUGUGGCCGGCCGUGCCGGUGAAGGACUUGACGGUUGCACCACCGAUGCCGCCAGCACCGGCAGCGCCGGACGCUGCAAUGGCGCAGGUGCCGGCGGCGCCAGAGAAGAAGAAGAGCAAGAAGAAGAAGGUCGUGAAGGUGGAGAAGGUUAUGGCAAAGGGGAAGGAGGAGCUGCCCAACGCUAAAUGCAAGGAGGAAGCUGACGGCUCCGUCGAGGCUGCUAAUGGCGACGGCGACGCUGACAGCACGCCGACGAAGGCGCCAAAGACUGGGUUGGGGCUGAAGCUGGACGCCGACGAGGUGCUCAAGGCGUGGUCCGACAAAGGGUCCAUGUUCACCGAGGGCGGCGGGCCGGAGUCGCCGACGUCGGCUGCCGACGUGCGGGCUAAACUUGCAGACAUUGACCUGUUUCCAGAGAAUGGAGCUGCUGGUGGCAUCAGGGAAGCCAGUGUCCUGCGGUACAAGGAGAAGAGGCGCACCCGGCUGUUCUCAAAGAAGAUCCGGUACCAAGUGCGGAAGGUGAACGCCGACUGCCGGCCUCGGAUGAAGGGAAGGUUUGUUAGGAGCCCAUCUCUUCUUCAGCAAGCCCUGGAGGAGGAGAGCUAGACAGAGAUACUUGCUAGACUGUUUUUUAUCAGCACCUUUUUUUUUUGCCCUUUUAGUUUCUCAUUAGCUAAGAGAUGUGAGUGAGGAUUUCCCCCGGGUUUUUUCGGAGUUUUGCUCUGGAGAGAAUAGGAUGCCUUUAGAGUGGGUUGUCAUGGUCAUGCUAUGGUGGUCACAUAGUUUGUCUCAGGUUUACAAUGUGAGGUAAAGGAAGGAAAUAAAGUGAUGUUAGAAUAUACAGUCAUACAGCAAGCAGCAAA